AUGGAAAAAAUAACAUAUGAUUGGUUAAAAGAAGAUACAAUUCUUUUAGAAUCAGUAUUAAUUUUAUCAUUAAGUGGUUAUUAUAUAUCAAAAAAUGAAAUUAAUAAAAUUUGCAAAGAUGAUUUAGAAAAGCAUGAAAGAUUAAAUGAAGAACAAUUUAAAAUGUUAAAAGAAAAGAAUAUUAUUUUGCAAAAUAAAAAUGACAAUAAUGAAAUAAAAUUGGAAUGUUUAAAAAAAGAAUUUAAUAAAAUCAAUUGUUCAUUUUAUUUAAUUAUUGAAAAUAAUAAUAAGAUCAAUAAAAAUAAUAAUAUUAAUAAUAGUAAUGAUGAUAAAUAUAAUAAUAUAAUUGACUCCACUAAAACAAUAAAAUUAUUAAAAAAUAAAAAAUCAAAGAAAUUAAGGUCAGAAUUAUUUAGAAAAGUUUGGAAAAACAUUGUUAUAAAGAAUCAAAUUUUAUUAGAAGUUAGAUUAUACAAUAUUCAUUAUAAUACAAUAAUGACUUUUUCAAAUAUAUCAUCAUUACAAAGUUAUAGAUACAGAGGAUACUUGAAUAAAAUUAUUAUUGAAGAUGAAGAAAAAAAAGAAAUUAUUGAACAAGGUAUUAUUCCUUGGGGAGUUGAAAAAAUUGAAUUUAAAUUUAAUCCAAUAUUAAAAGAAAAUUCAAUACCAAAUUCAGUUUGUCAUUUAAAAUUUGGUUAUUCAUUUAAUAGACCAUUUAAUAGUAAUAUCAUAUCAGGUAUUGAAAGUGAUAAUUGUAAUUUAAAAUCUUUAAUAUUUGGAAAUAGUUUUAAUCAACCAUUAGAAACAACAACAACAACAACUACAAAUGAAAACCAAAAUAAUAAAGAAAAUAAUGAAAUUAUUAAUAAUGAUAAAUGGUUAUCAAAAUUAAAUAAACUUACAAAUUUAGAAUUUGGUGAAUCAUUUCAACAAGAUAUUAAAAUUGGUCUAUUACCAAAUAGUUUAACAUCUUUGGUAUUAUCAAAACAUUAUAAUGGUAUAAUUGAAAAUGGUGCAUUAACAAAUUCAAUUUUAAAUAAUAACAAUUCAAUUUUUAAAUUUAAAUUUGAUUCAAAUGGUAAUAAGAAUUCAAUAAUUGUUGAUUAUGUAAAUUCAAUUCCAAAGUAUGUAACAACAUUAGAAUUUGAUAAUCAAUUUAAUCAAGUGAUCCAUAAUGGUGAUAUUCCAAAGAAUGUUAGAUCAAUUAUUUUUGGUAAAGAAUUUAAUAGUUUUAUUGAACCAUUUUCAAUAAAUUCAAAUGUAACAUCGAUUGAAUUUGGAUAUAGAUUUAAUCAACCAAUUAUUGAUAAUCAAUUACCCACUGAAAAUUUAACAAAUUUAACAUUUGGUAAUAAUUUUAAUCAAACCAUUGAACCACAUCAAUUUUCAAAGAAUUUGAAAAAAUUAAAAUAUGGUUUAACUUUUAAUAGAACCAUUCAAGCUGGUUUAUAUUUUAAUACUAGUUUAGAAUCAUUAAAAUUCGGACCAAGAUUCAAUCAACAAAUUCCAUUGAAAACCUUACCAAAUACAUUGAAAUAUUUGGAUCUAUAUGGUUGGACAGGACCAAUUGUACCAGGUACUUUUCCACCAUCAUUAAAAUCAUUAAAAUUAAAUUAUUUUAAUCAACCAUUACAAGUAUCAUCAUUACCAUCAUUGAUUUCUUUGGAAUUACUUGAAGAUUUUAAUCAACCAAUUAAUAUAAAUACAAUUCCAACCUCUUUAAAAUCAUUAAAACUUGGUCGUAAUUAUAGUCAAGACUUGACAAAUUCCUUACCAGAGUCAUUAACAUCUUUAGAUAUUUCAUCAACAAACUUGAAAUUCAAUAUUGAUUUAUUACCAAAUUUAAAUUCAAUAAUACUUUCAAAUUAUGAUCAUAAUUUUUUAAAUAAUUUAGAUUUUCAAAUUUUUUCAAAUUUAAUUAAAAUUAAAUAA